UGCUGAUUGGGCGAUUGGGCCCUACGUACAUACGUCACGCACGCAGCGUCAAAUCAGUGCGGACCAUGGCGGAAUGUGGUGGAGGUGACAGCAGCACAAGUAGUCACACCAUGGAUAAAAGCAUAACUCUUCCGCCUGACGAAAUAUUCCGCAAUUUGGAAAACGCAAAGCGCUUUGCCAUAGACAUAGGUGGCUCGCUGACAAAGCUCGCCUACUAUUCUACUGUGCAACACAAAGUGGCCAAAGUUCGAUCCUUCGAGCACCACACAGAGGAUGCUGCCAGUGACAAGCUGUAUGAGAUAUCUGUGCAGGAGGAGGUCACUGCACGCCUGCACUUCAUCAAGUUUGAAAACGCUUACAUUGAAACAUGUUUGGACUUCAUCAAAGACCACCUGGUCAACACGGAAACCAAAGUUAUCAAAGCUACCGGCGGAGGAGCGCAUAAGUUCAAGGAGCUCAUUGAGAGGAAACUUGGACUCAAAGUGGACAAAGAGGAUGAGAUGACCUGCCUCAUCAAAGGUUGUAACUUUGUUCUGAGGAACAUUCCCCACGAGGUGUUUGUGUACGCCAAGCACGCAGACUCAGAGUUUCGUUUUCAGACCACCCACCCAGACAUCUUCCCUUACCUGCUGGUUAACAUCGGCUCCGGGGUCUCCAUCGUUAAGGUGGAAUCAGAGGACAAGUUUGAGAGAAUAGGUGGAAGUUCCAUAGGUGGAGGAACGUUCUGGGGCCUCGGUGCCCUGCUCACAAAAACAAAGAGAUUUGACGAGUUGCUACAGCUGGCCUCAAGGGGGCAACACACAAACGUUGAUAUGCUUGUCAAAGACAUCUAUGGAGGAUCUUACGGCUCUCUGGGCCUGACUGGAGAUCUUAUCGCCAGCAGCUUUGGGAAGUCCGCUACUGCUGACAAAGAGUUUUCUAAAGAAGACAUGGCCAAAAGUUUACUCCACAUGAUCAGCAACGACAUCGGCCAGCUGGCCUGCCUGUACGCCAAGCUCCAUAACCUGUCCAGAGUCUACUUUGGAGGCUUCUUCAUCCGAGGACACCCUGUAACGAUGCACACCAUCACCUACAGCAUCAACUUCUUCACGAAGGGUGAAGUUCAGGCGUUGUUCCUGAGACAUGAGGGAUAUCUCGGAGCCAUUGGGGCGUUUUUGAAAGGAGCAGAAGAAGAUAAUCCAAACCAGUACAGUUGGGGGGAGAAUUAUGCUGGAAGCUCCGGACUGAUGAGCGUUUCCCCAGAUAUGAACCCCCUUCAACGUGCUCGCAGUGGGACGUUUUCUUUUGACAUGCUGGAGAUGGACCGUCUGGAGAGACAACUAGUGAACCUGCCUCUGCUGCAGGACUCGUCGUCCUACAUCCCUGACACGGUUGACCUCACAGAGGACGCACUGGCACGAGAAUACUGGCUGGACUGCUUUGAGGAGGCUCUAGAUGGGGUGGUUAAGAGAGCCAUUGGGAGUCAGCCUGAUAUACCAGAGGUGACGGAACGAGCCGAGAAGUUCCGUCAGAAAUACAGGAACAAACUUCAGACACUCCGCCACCAGCCAUUUGCUUAUGGAUCCCUCACUGUCAGAAGUCUUUUAGACACCAGGGAACACUGUUUAAACGAGUUCAACUUUCCUGAUCCCUACUUGAAGAUUAAAGAGAAGGAGAACGACAUGGCUCUGAAGUACUACCUGAAGGUAGUGAAGUCCCUGGAGGAGCUGGGCUGGGAGCAGAGACAGUUGGCACUGGUGCGGGGCGUCCUCGCUGGGAAUGUCUUCGACUGGGGAGCCAAGGCUGUGUCAGAUGUCCUGGAAUCAGAUCCAGAAUUUGGUUUUGAAGAGGCUAAACGACAACUGGAAGAGCGUCCAUGGCUGGUUGAUAGUUAUGACCAGUGGCUACAGAGACUAAAGCAGGGUCCUCCACACAAGUGUGCUUUGUUUUUCGUAGACAACAGUGGAAUGGACAUCAUUUUAGGGGUGAUGCCUUUUGUCAGGGAACUUCUCUCUCGAGGAACAGAGGUGGUGUUAGCCAGCAACUCUGGUCCGGCCCUGAAUGAUGUAACAAAUGGUGAACUGCAAAUUCUGAUUGAAAGAAUCGCUGCCAUGGACCCAGUCAUCCAGGCUGGUCUUAUGGAUGACAGACUGACCUUGGUCCAGAGUGGCUCCAGUUCUCCUUGCCUUGACCUCAGCCGUUUGGACAAAGUGUUGGCGAUGGUGGUGCGUGAGAGGCAGACUGAUCUGAUCGUCAUCGAGGGUAUGGGUCGAGCAAUUCACACCAACUACUACGCCACGCUGAACUGCGAGAGCCUCAAGAUGGCCGUCAUCAAGAACUCGUGGCUGGCCGACCGGCUGGGGGGUAAGCUGUUCAGUGUGGUCUUCAAGUACGAGGUACCGGCAGGGAAACUGAGCCAGAACUCUUCAGCACUGACGCCAUCAUGAGAAGAGACUGCACUUAAGAGAAGUCCAGCGACGAGAUGGGAUUGUCAGGAGCUGUGAAUGUAAGGAUGGUGAUCGUACGAUGCCACUGAUUGUAACGGGCUCGUGGCUGUACACGCAGCAGAGUUUUUAAGAAAGCAACCAGUGACAGGGAUGUUUUACAUUUACUUUUACAAGGCAGAUUUUUUUUAGCAUAAUUCUAUCAUUAUUUAUGGGUGGAUGGUUUUAAUUUUCAUCAACAGCCGACGUUUGUUUUCAUGCUAGCACCUGUCUGUCAUCCUCAACGUCACACAUUUUGGUUUGGUCGGUGACAUCACCGGCUGGCCUCAGUUAUCAGCUUGUAUUCAAAUUAGGGCUGUCCGAUAAUAGCAUAAUAUGUUAUAUCUUUAAGAAUCGUAAUCGGUUUUUCAAAAUAGUUUUGGGGAUAAAUGGCUGUAUAUUAAAGUGAAAGUCAAUAGAUGGCAGCAUUGCAGCUCAUUUAAUUAACCUCAUAUUCAUACAGUGUACAGAAAAAUAAAUAAAUAUUACCAGGCCUAUAUCAGCUGAUAUCGGAAUCGGAAAUUAAGUGUUUGGACAAUAUCUGCAUAUCGGAAAUCGGAACAGAGUUAAUUUCGGAUAUCCCUAAUUAAAAUGAGUCGAAAAGAAAAACUGCAUCCCUGACUUCACCACACUGUCCACUCUAGUUCUCUGUUGUCUGCUGAGACCAGUCACUGCCUGGCAACACAUUUAACAUAGAGCAUUAUUAAUGUGCCUUGAGUUUGAUGUGAUCGACGCAUCAUCUGCUCGCACUGUUCUUUCACUUUCAUUCACUCAGACUUGGAGGAGACCCAUAGGGUCCUCUGUCGUUUUCACGACUGCCAGUGAAAAGGUUCCGAUAGAGAAAUCGUUCAAUGGCACUGUCACGUGUUCAGGUUUUGAAGAGUCUUCAGGGAAAGUGUCCAAACAACGGUAGAAGUUGCACUUUAUCACACGUAGACCGGUGUUUGUUUUGUGUUUCUCCACUAGGUGUCAGUGUUCUACCGUGUUGUAUGUUUCAAAAGGUGCUCGGUGUCAGCGUUACCACUGUGUUCUCUUCUGGUACGUGUUCCGUGACUCUCAUCAUUUCUGAGCAUCACAUUUUCACAGUUUCAUGACAUCAAGUUGUUGAUUCUGCUGUUAAUGAACCUGAUCAGUCAAAAAAGAAAAACGAAACAAUCGCUUCAACAAAAAUGCAACUGUUUAAUGGCAAUAACACAGCGACACCUGGAUCUGUUCACACGGGUGACCUCCUCGAAGUGACAGUUUCUGAAGUAAAGUAUUUACUUGACACUGCUGUGUUGUAUGUAAUCUGUACAUAUGUGAUAUACAAGCCUGUGUAUACAUAUAUACAUAUAUGUACAGUAUAUGUCUUUGUAUGAAAACAUUUGCAUCAGUUCAUUUAAAGCACACCAAGCAAUGUUUCGUGUAAUACCUGUAAAAUUCCUGACAAUCAAUUUUAAUUAAACUGAUAAAUCCUGCUUUUA